AUGAGACUCUUUGCAGCCUCAGCAGUCGCCUUGACUGCCAUUGCUACCCUUGCCAGCACAACCGCAGCUGCUGCUGCGCCCUUUACGGCGGGUAAAUUCGCCCUCUCCACCGUCGAUGGCUCUUCCCGUUUGUCAGAGCCCUUCACUCCUCAAGCCGGCAUAGCUUCUCUGCCUACAAAGGUCGACUCGGAUGAGAUCAUUCGCCUCUCCUUCACUGUACCUACAGGAGGGAGUAGCGAUGAUGGCGAUGAGUCCUCCUCGUCGUCAUCAUCAUCAUCGAUCCCCAGCCAGAUUGUGCUGCAGCUCCUCUCCAAGAGCGAUUCCUCCAAGGCGGCCAGUUUUGUGCCCAACAUCAACAAGGGCAAUGGCAAAGUCACCUGGAGUCAGAGAGUCGAUCGGCUGCCUGUUGAAGCCCUCGCAACCCUCGACGCUGCAUACACUCUGCGCCUGCUCAUUGCAGGGGCAUCGACCAAGCCUCUCUCACUCGAGUUGGGUGACCUGACGAUCCCCACUCUCACCCUCGACGCAUCUUCUGCUGGUGUUUCGUCGACGAGAGAAUACAAGGCGAGGGAAAUGGGCUUCUAUCCGUGGCCCGAGCGACGUCACACCUUCCGCAAGGAAGUGACCGAGGGCAUGCCAGGCAAGACGAAAUCGCUCGUUGUCCUCGCAGUCAUCGUAACCGUCCCUUGGCUGGUACUCUUAGGUUUGCUCACCCCUCUGCUCGGCUCAGUCAAGCUCAACACCUCACCCAAGCCCUCCGUCUGUCUGCUCCUCGCCUCGCUCCUCUUCCUCGAGACGAUCGGUUUCCGCUACUACCGCGGAGACUUCACAUUGUUCAGGAUGCUGCCCUUCUUCCUUGCAGGAAGCGCCGUUGCUGCAGGCUCCGUCGUGGCAGGGGCGUUGGAAGGCGUAGGGGCUGCGAGUGGGUCAAGGAAGAGCGUCAAGAGUAGCUGA